AUGGCUGCACAAGGUUCCAAUGCAACCCUUGAAGUACCUCAAAGAGCUGAUCCUGGCUGGAAGUUUUGUAAGCCAUAUGAUGCGCAUGAUACCAGCCGCUGUAUUUGUAAUUUUUGUGGUAAAAUGACGAAGGGGGGAAUUACAAGAAUGAAGGAGCACUUGAUGGCUAAGCCAGGGAAUGUUGCACCUUGCCCUAAGUGCCCGAAAGAAGUUCGAGAUGAACUGUGGGCAAUUUUGAAUGACAAGAAAAAGAAAGACAGCGAAGCAUAUGAAAGGGUUCGCCUUAAUCUUCUUGAUGAUGACUGCCUCCGUGGUGAUAGUGAUGAGGAACGUGCUAUGGAUGAAGGGCUGGAGAUUGCAACUAGAGAAAAUAAAAAUAAAAAGGUUCUAAAGGGCCAGAUUGAUAUGUACCUCCAAAAACCAGAAAGUGCCAUUGCAAAGAAGAAGAAUGAGAAGUUAAGGCAGGAAAGCAUCAGAGCCUCAUGUGAUAAGGAGUCUACAGCAAGAGUUCAUCAGUAUAUUGCCCGCUUUUGGUAUCAAGCAGGCUUGUCUUUUAACAUGGUUAAGUUGCAAAGCUUUCGUGACAUGCUUGCGACUGUUGGAAGCUUCGGACCUCAUUUAAAACCGCCUUCAUAUCAUGACAUAAGGGUUCCACUUCUUGCAAAGGAGGUAGACUACACUGAGAAUUUGUUGAAGGGCCAGAAGGAGCAAUGGAAAAGAUUUGGUUGCUCUAUUAUGUCCGAUGCAUGGACUGAUAGAAAACAAAGAUCAAUUAUUAACUUCAUGGUGAAUUGUUCAGCUGGAACAAUGUUUCUUAAAUCGGUUGAUGCCUCUGAUUAUGUGAAAACUGGUGAGAAACUAUUUGAGCUGCUUGACUCCAUAAUUGAUGAGGUUGGGGAAGAGAAUGUAGUUCAGGUUAUAACUGACAAUGGCAGCAACUAUGUGAGUGCGGGAAAGAUGCUAGAAGAAAAAAGACCCAACUUAUAUUGGACACCAUGUGCAGCUCACUGCAUAGAUUUAAUGUUGGAAGACAUUGGGAAGAUUCCUCUCAUAAAGAAAACAAUUCAAAGAGCCAUAUCACUUGUUGGUUUCAUUUACGGUCACACUAGUACAUUGAGCUUGUUGAGGUACUAUACCAAGAAAAGAGAAUUGGUAAGGCAUGCUGUUACAAGAUUUGCAACAUCCUAUCUUACAUUGAAAAGAUUGCGGAAGGAGAAGGGGAAAUUGAGGGAGAUGUUUGUGUCACACACUUGGACAAAUAACAAGCUGUCCAACGAGCCAAAAGGAAAGCAAGCCACAAAAAUCGUUUUGAUGAACUCUUUCUGGAACAGUGUGUGUUUUAUAUUAAAGGUCAUGGGUCCAUUGGUACGUGUACUACGCUUAGCGGACAGCGAGAAGAAACCCGCUAUGGGUUAUAUCUAUGAGGCUAUGGAUAAGGCCAAAGAAGCAAUCAGAGCUUCCCUUCGUGAUGACAAAAGCAAAUAUCAAAAAAUCUGGGACAUCAUAGACAAUAGGUGGAAUAGCCAACUACAUCGACCAUUGCAUGCUGCUGGCCACUUCCUAAACCCAGAGUACUACUACAAUGAUUCAGAAUUGGACUAUGAUUUUGAGGUGCAGAAAGGAGUCUAUGAUUGUGUAGAAAGGUUGUCACCUACUGAUGAGCUAAGGAAGAAGAUACUCACCGAGCUACCAAUUUACAAAUCUGGUGGUGGUAUGUUUGGAAGCAAGUUUGCAAUUGAACAAAGGGGCACAAUUGCACCAGCUCAAUGGUGGAGAAUGUAUGGACAAUCAACACCAAAUUUGACGAAGUUGGCAAUAAAGAUUUUAAGUUUGACUUGCAGUGCUUCAGGGUGUGAACGGAAUUGGAGUGUGUUUGAGCAAAUUCAUACAAAGAAAAGAAAUAAGCUUGAGCAUAAGAGACUUGAGGACUUGGUGUUUGUCAAGUAUAAUCAAGCACUAGUAAGAAGGUACAAUAUUAGAGAUGAGUUGGACCCUAUCUCCUUGGAUGACAUUGAUGAGAGCAAUGAAUGGCUAGUGGGGACAAUGGAAGAGGAUGAAGAUGAUGCUGGAAAUGAUAGGGUAUUUCCGGAGGACGACCUCACUUGGGAUGUUGUUUACAAAGCUUCGGGAAUUGGAGAGCCUAGUACUAACACUAGGCGAGGAACUAGAAAGAGAAAAGAGGUCACAACUGCUGCAGGUAAUUCAUCUAAGAAGAAGAAAGGUGCUACUGCUUCCAAGAACGGAAAAGAGCCGAUUGUUAUUGAAGAUGAAGAAGAAGAGAUUUCAGAUAAUGAUUUGGAGGACUCUGAAAUAGAAGCUGAUGGAUAUGUUUCACUUUCUGAUGAAGUGGAUGAUGAAAAUUCUAGGGAGGAGGAAGAGGAUAACGAGUAG